UGAAAUGAUCGGACGCUUAAAAUUCAAACCUGGGCAUUGACAUCCAACACAUGGCGUAGGCAUAGAAGCCAAUCCAAAAUGCGAAGCGUAGAAGAAGAGAGAAGAAGAAGAAGAUGAGGGCUUCGUUGCUCUGCAACGCCUCUCUAUCACUCCCUCUCCAACCGCCGAGCUUUCACUCUUCGAAGCCUCCACUGCUAUCCAGUUCCAACCACAGCAAUUCCGCCAAUUGGCUUAACAAAACCCUUAUCGGAGUUGUUUCCGGGGCUCUCUCGCUUGGGCUUCUGGUAACUCCCCCCACUUCUAUUGCUUUUGAAGCUUCAUCCAUAGAAUCUCCACCUUCUUCUUCUGCUUCUUCUGGUUAUUGUCUCGAGGAUGAGCUACCUGGGAGGGCUGAGGCGGGCUCCGAUUCUGUGGUCACAAAUGAGGGAAUUGUGGAGGAAGCUUGGGAAAUCGUCAAUGAAAGCUUUCUCGACGCCGGUCGUCAUCGCUGGUCUCCCGAAGAUUGGCAGCGGAGAAGGGGAGAUAUAAGGAGUUCUUCAAUCCAAACAAGAUCGAAGGCUCAUGAUGUAAUCAAGCGAAUGUUGGGUAGCUUAGGUGACCCUUAUACGCGAUUUCUUUCCCCAGAGGAAUUCUCCAGGAUGGCUAGGUAUGACAUGAGUGGUAUUGGAAUAAACCUUAAGGAAGUGCGGGAUGAAAAUGGAGUUGUAAGAUUGAAGGUGCUAGGAAUCUUACUGGAUGGUCCUGCACAUUCUGCAGGUGUAAGGCAGGGGGAUGAAAUAAUAGCUGUUAAUGGAGUUGAUGUGACUGGGAAGUCGGCCUUUGAAGUAUCAUCUUUGUUACAAGGCCCCAAUGAAACCUUUGUUACCAUUAAGGUCAAGCAUGGCAAUUGUGGGCCUACUCAAUCUUUAGAAGUUGAAAGACGAGCUGUUGCUCGAACCCCUGUCUUUUAUCGGUUGGAACAAGUGGACAAUGGGAAGAUAUCUGUUGGUUACAUGCGCUUAAAAGAGUUCAAUGCCUUGGCUAGAAAAGAUAUGGCCAUUGCAAUGAAGCGACUUCAGGACAUGGGUGCGUCAUUUUUCAUUCUAGAUCUUAGAGAUAAUCUUGGUGGACUUGUACAGGCUGGAAUAGAAAUUGCCAAGCUCUUUCUACAUAAAGGGGACACGGUAAUUUACACUGUGGGAAGGGAUUCGCAGUACCAACAAACUAUUGUUGCGGACACUGAACCAUUGGUUUCAGCUCCUGUUAUUGUUUUGGUGAACAAAAAUACUGCUAGUGCAAGUGAAAUUGUUGCUUCUGCACUGCAUGACAAUUGUAGAGCUGUUCUUGUGGGUCAACGAACAUUUGGCAAGGGUCUGAUUCAAUCUGUAUUUGAACUUCAUGAUGGCUCUGGUGUGGUUGUCACUGUUGGGAAGUAUGUAACUCCAAAUCAUAAGGACAUAAACGGCAACGGAAUAGAGCCUGAUUAUCGGAAUCUCCCUGCUUGGAAUGAUGUCAAAAACCAUCUUUCGCAAUGCAGCUUGAUAAGUCACGGGUUCAGUGUCGGCUUUUAGCAUUGAUAAUUUGGUCAUUGUUUCUACCCUUUAGUAUUAUCCAACUCAAAAUCUGCCAAUAUGAAAGUUGCCAGUGUCUUGAAAAUUCAUGCAUGGAAUUGGAUUUGCAAUUUGGUUCUUCUGCCCAACGGUUUUUUGCCUUGUGAGCUGAUGUACACACAUUAACCUAUAGCAUUUACUCCGUAAAUGGAUACACCACUAACAAGUAAGCAAAAGGAUUUUAUGGGCUUUUUAGUUGAGUUUACAAUGGUUAAGGGUCAGAUGAAGUGUUGUAUUGAAGAACAUUAUAAGCUAAUAUGCCUACUUCCGUUUGUCAAAAUAUUUUCAUUUUAGCUGUUUGCUUGAAGUUGAACAAUGAUAUGAUAAUAUUACCAUGUAUUUGUCCGUCCUCGUGACAAGCCUCUGAAAUUACUUGUUGAGACUGGUUUUACUCACCAUAUCGACUGACUUUAUUUGAAUUUCUUCCAUUCAUCUA